AUGGGAGAUAGGGGAAACUCGGCGGUGAAGAACAAUGAUGACAAAGAGCACAAGGAUGACUCAAACGGCCUAAAACCACCCCAAAGGUCAAGAUUCAUGUUAGUCAACAAGGAAGUUACAAAGGUGAACAUGGAGGAUGAAUGUGUAAAGGAUAAUAAUAGUAGAAGGGAGAUGGGAAAUUUAAUUAGAGAUAUCCAUGUGGGUGAGUCCUAUAGAAAGGACAAAGUGAUGAAUGAUGAUGGUGAAAACAUACCUAAUUCAAAUUAUGGCAGAAAUUUGGAUAACUUGGGCUCAAUAGAGGUCAAGGCCCAAGGACCUAAGGUUGAUCCUGAUGAUGGCCGGAUAGAGGAAAAUCAAAACAAUUGUGUGGAGAUCCUGGAGAGUAACUUAUCAACUUGGACGGUGAAAAAUGGCACGAUGGAGGAAGAGGAAGGAGCAGCAAAUCAAGCGUUUCAAAGGGUGUGCACGAACUACUGCAGGGUUUCUAAUUCGAAUAUUUUUGUGGUGCUGGAAACUAUAAUCGGUCUAGGAAAGCUCAAAGGCAAAUUCAAGCAAUUAGGUUUUGAUGGUUUUUGUUGUGCAGGGGGUCGAGGUUUUUCAGGGGGAAUUGCUCUAUCAUGGAAGAUUGAAAAGCUCUCUAUUUCGAUUAUCCAAAUUCACUUCUAA